AUGAAGGAGCAACUGCCUCUGAGCUGUUGGCUGUCUUUGGUUCUCUGCAGCCUUCAGGUGCGUGGAGUCGACUCUAGGUUCCAGGAUCACCGAGGGUUUGAGUUCUUGGCCUCUGUUUCUCAUUACUGGCCACUGGAAAGUGUGGAUGGAAUCCAUGAACUUCAGGACACAGCUGGAGCGCUGCGGGCCCACAUCCUCACUGUGCUUGCUCCCCAUAACUCUACCCUUGUCUGUACCAAUGAGUCUGCCUACUCCAACCUCUCUGCGACUGUAGACAUCCUGGAGGGGAAGAUUAACAAAGGCAUUUACGUCAGAGAGAAGAAGGGCAUCACGCUGCUCUACCACGAGCAGUACCGGGCCUCUUGCCUCAGCGACCCAGCGCGCUGUGGCCCCGACGGGGUCACCUUCUCCUUCUUCUGGAAGACGUGGAGAGAGCAGUCGAGGCCCACGCCGCCAGCCUAUGGGGGACAGGUCGUCUCCAGUGGCUUCCGGAUCCGUUCCAGAGGUGGUCAGGGCUCUGUGGAGCUGUACACGCGGGACAACUCCAUGACGUGGGCGGCCACCUUCAGCCCGCCAGGUCCUUACUGGACUCAUGUGCUGUUCACCUGGAAGUCCAAGGAGGGGCUAAGGGUGUACGUCAACGGGACGCUGAGCACCUCAGACCCCCAGGGCAAAGUGUCUUACACUUAUGGGGAGCCCGGUGGGCACCUGGUGCUCGGCUCCAAGCAGGACCAGACCCAGCACUACGAGAGCGGUGCCUUUGAUGAGUUCAUCAUCUGGGAGCGGGCCCUGACUCCUGACGAGAUCGCCCUGUACUUCAUGGCUGCUGUUGGAGAGCAUGCUGUCUCCUCUCCAACGCCCACGAGUUUCCUCAUGAGCCCUGCAGCGGCCGCCUUGGUGCCUACUGAUGCCUACCAUCCCGUCAUUGCCAACCUGACCGACGAGCAGCGACGCUCCCUGAGCCUGGCUGUGGCACUGCGCUACCUACAGGAUGUGUCCCUCAGCCUCCCGCACAGGGCUCUGUCACAGGAGACUGCCCUGAAUCUCACCCAGACCUUCCUGAAGGCUGUGGAGGAGGUCCUUCAGCUGCCCAGCUGGACUGCGGUGUCUGAGAGCAGGAUCGUGGUGCUGGGCUUGAUGGUCACCAUUGACGCCGUCAUGGGCCACAUCUCCUCCAACCUGCAGACCGGCGGGUCCCAGGUCACCAUCACCGGCUCGUCCACUGUGGCAGACUUCUCUGUGACUAAACUGCUGCCCCAGAGCCUGAAUGCCUCCCACUACCGCUUCCCAGCCCAAGGGCACAGCUACAUCGAGCUCUCUCAGGAGGCCCUGCGCGGUCCAGCCUGGACCACCAUCGUGGGCUUGCUGUACCACACCGUGCACUACUACCUGGACAACAUCCCCCCAGCCAGCACCAGGAUUGCCGAGGCCGCGCUGUACAGCGACUGCCUGCUGUCCGCCAGCAGCCACCUCAUCUCCCUGGAGGUGUCGCCCACGCUCUCCUGGAACCUGUCAGGUUCUCCACUCGUCGUCAUCCACCUCAGGCACAGACUGACCCAGAAGCAGUCAAGCAAGGUGGUCAAUGAGAGCAACCGUGUCUUCCUGUACUGUGCCUUCCUGGACUUCAGCUCCGGGGAAGGGGUCUGGUCCAACCAGGGUUGUGCACGCACAGAGGGCGACCUCACCUACUCCGUCUGCCACUGCACACACCUCACCAACUUCGCCAUCCUCAUGCAGGUGGUCCCGCUGCAGCUCGCACACGGACACCAGGUGGCGCUGUCGUCCAUCAGCUACGUGGGCUGCUCUCUGUCGGUGCUCUGCCUGGCCGCCACGCUGGUCACCUUUGCCGUGUUGUCCUCCGUCAGCACCAUGCGGAGCCAGCGCUACCACAUCCAUGCCAACCUGUCCCUCGCGGUGCUCCUGGCCCAGAUCCUGCUGCUGAUCAGCUUCUGCCUCGAGCCGGGCACGGUGCCCUGCCAGGUGCUGGCCGUGCUCCUGCAUUACUUCUUCCUGAGCGUCUUCGCCUGGAUGCUGGCAGAAGGGCUCCACCUCUACAGCCUGGUGGUCAAGGCCUUCGGGUCGGAGGACAGCAAACACCUGUGCUACUACGGGAUCGGAUGGGGUGCCCCUCUUCUCAUCUGUCUCGUCUCCGUGCCGUCUGCCAGGGACAGUUACGGAACAAGUGACAACUGCUGGCUGUCGCUGGGGAGUGGCGCCAUCUGGUCCUUUGUGGCUCCUGCCCUGCUGGUCAUCGUGAUCAACGUUGGCAUCCUUGUCGCAGUCACCAGGGUCAUCUCACAGAUCAGUUCCGACAACUACAAGCUACAUGGAGACCCCAGUGCCUUCAGGCUGACAGCCAAAGCCGUGGCUGUGCUGCUGCCUAUCCUGGGCACCUCGUGGGUCUUUGGGGUACUUGCCGUUAAUGAGCAGACUGUGGUCUUCCAGUACAUGUUUGCUGUCCUCAACUCACUGCAGGGGUUUUUCAUCUUCCUCUUCCAUUGCCUGCUCAACUCAGAGGUGAGAGCUGCCUUCAAGCACAAAAUCAAGGUCUGGUCCUUGACUGGCAGCUCCAGUCGCAACGUUACCACAAAGCCCUUCAGUUCUGACAGUAUGAAUGGGACCCGGCCAGGAAUGGGCUCCAGCAAGCUGAGCCCUUGGGACAAGAGCAGCGAGUCUGCCCACCGUGUGGACCUGUCCGCCGUAUGA